GCAUGGUUAUAUUUUGUUUAUGAUGAUGAAACUUUGUAAUUCUAGAACCAAUAUUGUAUUUCAUUUAUUGUCCAGUUCGAAUCGUUGAUUUUUCCCUUUUAAGAUAUUUUUGAAGCGCUCAAAAACGUUGCUACUCAGUUUAAUGGAUAGCGUUAUUCGACCUUCGUGCAACUGAUCUCUUCUCUGCUGUAUCCAGUUAAAAGUGCGGAAGUGAAUCAGAAUGAUCGUGAUAAGCCCAUCCUUUGCAUUUCAAUGUUGUGUACAUUACAAUACGAUUAAAGACAAACUUGAAGAAAUAUUUCAAUAUAAAACUGUGACUCUACGUUGUGGAACGAAAUAAUAAGUGUGGAAAUGAAGAAAUAGUCGCUUUGAUCAUAUUUGCUGUAUCCAGUUACAAGGAAGUAAAUCAGAAUGAUCUCGUGAUGAGCCCAUCCCUUGCAUUUGAAUGUGUACAUUACAAUACGAAGAAAGACAAAAUUGAAGAAAUAUUUCAAUAUAAAACUGUGAAUUAACGUUGUGGAACGAAGGAAUGAGUGUUGAAAUGUAGAAAUAGUCGUUUUGGGUCAUAUUUGUUUGAAGUUUAAAGAAAGGCUUCACGAUUAAAACCAAAGAUUCGAUCUCCGUUAAAAGUAAGUUAGAGUAUUUACAGCAUUAUAUUCUAAAUAAAUUUCUUGUUUGAAAAUGGCUUCACCACCUCAAAAACUGAAGAUUGAAGCAAACGGAUCUCGUUUAAGUAAACUCUUGAUAAAUAAAGGAACACAAGCUUUGAAAACAACAUUGCAGUUUAAAAUAAAUUUUCGCUCGUCAAACCUAAGCGAUGAACUUAAUCAACCUUCAAAUAAAAGUACAUUGGAAUCAUUAAGAAAAAGAAGCGUCAUUAACAAAGAGCAAUGGAACCUUCUUUAUCCAUCAACUGGUUUGCCAAACCUUGAAAACUUUGAUAUCUCAUUAUUGACUGUCUUAUUACGUAACAUAUGUGGUCUAACAGCGCCACAUGGUGGAUGGGAUAAUCUUCCUUCCUCUUCAGAUAUUUCAAUCUCAGCAAAUAUUGCAAGAAUAAAAUUUUAUCGAAACAAAGUGUAUGGUCACAUAACCACAACUAGUGUAGAUGACAGUGAGUUUGAGUACUUGUGGCAGGAAAUUUCAAAAGCAUUGGUUGGUCUGGGUAUUCAACAAACUGAAAUAGAUGAAUUAAAGAAAGCUCCCCUCAGUCCUGAUGAGGCAAACCAUAUUGAAAUAUUGAAAAACUGGUAUGAAAAAGAACAACAAUUAAUCAAUGUCGUUAAGAAAACCAACGAAAAUGUAAAAGAAUUAAAAGAAGAAUUUGAAGCUAUGAAAUUUAAAGUAAAAGAAAUUAAAGAAAGCAUGCCAACAAAAAUUGAUGUAGUAGAAGUUAAACAUGACAUGGCAACAAAAGCUGAUGUAGUAGAAAUUAAGCAAGAUAUGGCGACAAAAGCUGAUGUAGUAGAAAUUAAACAAGAUAUGGCGACAAAAGCUGAUGUAACCAGAGUGAAAGAAGUGAUACAGGACAAAAUAUGAUCAGAUCUCAAGAAGCUUGGAAAGUGUAAGUUUAAUGGUCUUAUAAAAGAUCUUAACAAGAAAUACCUUGAAGGCACUAGACAAUGGUUAUUUGAAAAACUUGACACUUGGUUUAACGAUAGAAGUGAAGAUGCUUCUAAUGUAAUGAUUUUGAUUGCCGGUCCUGGUGUGGGUAAAAGUGUGUUUGCUGCUGAGGUGUGUCGACGAUAUUCUGAAAAGAAGAAACUUGCUGCUUCUCAUUUCUGCAGAUAUAAUAGAUCAGAUUAUAGAAAUCUUCGAGUAUUGAUAGAAUCAUUGGCUAGUAGCAUGUGUGAUACAAUAUCAAAUUUUAAAAGUAAACUGAAUGAAGAAUUACAGAGAAACCAUUCCAAAAAAUCGAUCACUGAUAAAUUUCUUGUUUUAUUAAAUAAUUCAUUGCAUUCAUUGCAAGAUCAUGAACAAAUGCUUUUGGUUAUUGAUGCCUUAGAUGAAAGCCAAACUGAUGGCAAAAGUGAAUUGUUGGAAUUGAUUUCAGAAGAGUUUGACCGACUGCCUAAAUGGAUUAAAAUCUUCAUCACCAGUCGUCCAGAACUUCCAGUUGAAAAGGAGUUGAAAGACAUGAAUCCUGUGGAAAUUACAACUAGUCCUCGUGAUAAAAACAACGAAGAAGACCUGCACAAGUAUUUGAAACAUGAGUUGAAUGAUUGUGUGCAGAGAAAUCGCUACGUUCUUCAUUCAUUAGUUGAAAAAUGUGAGGGAUCAUUUCUUUAUGCUUAUCACGCACAACUGAGCUUAAAGAAAGAAGAAAUUGAGCUUACUUACAAAGACAUUCAACAAUUGGUCCCUAGUGGGUUAAGCGGUGUUUACACAAAGCAAUUCAAAAGAGUAAAAGAAUUGUUAACGGAGAAAAGUCCCAGAAAUUCUGUUAUCUCAGAAACUACUUUCAAGCAAUUUCUUGAAUUGUUGGCUGCCAAUCGGAAGUUUUUACCAUUAACUUUACUGUUUAGCUAUUUAGGUUUUUCUGGUGACAUCAUGUUUGAAGUCCGCAGUAAAAUCAUUGAACUGUUAUCUCAAAUUUUGCCAGUUUACGAUGAUUGUUUAACCGUGUAUCACAAAUCUCUACUUGAUUGGUUAAAAUCAGAUGGUUACGAACAGCAUGAGUUUACAGUUAAUCCAAAAAAUGGUCAUAAGUUCUUAUGGCAUGCUUGUGAGAAAGUGUUUGAACAAAUUAAGUCGAUGAACAUUUUUGAAGAUCAGAUGAACACUGCUAUGAUUAAAUAUGCUUUGAAGAAUGGAAUCUAUCAUAUGAUAGAAUGUGGCGAAAAUGUUGACUUUAGUUGGGCAGUAGAUGUCAAAGUGGUUUGUGCGAGGUUAAUGUGUGUAAAAGACAUUAACAUGUAUACCAUUAGGUCUGAAUUGUUUGAAAUCAUUAAGGAACUACGAACUUUCUUGAAAAAAGAUGAACUUGAGGAACUACUAUUUCAUUUGUUUAUGACAAGAAAGGUGUUAUAUGAGUAUGAUGAAAGCUUAAUUUAUUUACAAAUUAUUGCAAACAAAAUUCAUGGCAGUAACGAAAAAAGAUUAUUGGCAAGGAAUUUAUUGAAACAAGGAAAGCUAGUUUGGUUUGAGGAUUUAGACUCAACAUAUUUAACAAACCAUCAUCAUUCGACUGUCUCCUUGCGUGCUAACAUUACAUCUCUUUGUGUGUCGUCCAAUGAAGAACUUCUUGCUGUAGGAUAUGAAAAUGGUCAAAUAUCGAUUUUUGAGCUUCCAGAAUUUACACAAAGAUGCAUUCUUGGCACUGUACUUGAUGUUUCAAGGCAAAAGGAAAGAAACGAGGAUGACAAAUUUGCGUCCCAGUGUGACAUCAGUGGCUAUUCAAUACCAGAGAUAUCUUAUGUUGUACGUAAAAACAUCUGUUGUUGCUCCUUGUCACCUACCGGAAAUAGACUGGUAACUAGUGAUGGAUCAACUGAAGUAAAGUUGUGGGACGUUAACAAUGGACGUUUGUUAUUAUGUUUACAGUCAGAUGAUGUCGUUAAUCGUUGUUCUUUCUUAAAUUUUGGUUUGUACAUUACAGCAGACUAUGUAAAACUUUACAAGGGACUUCCUAAAGAAGUGUUCACUGCAUGGAAUUCAUUAACUUUGCAAAGAAUUGACCGACGCUGCGUUGUUGAUUACCAAAAACUACAAUGCACCGAUAAAUAUUCAGAGUUCUUUGAUGCAGAAUUCGUCGAAUUUUCGUAUGUCUUUCAAUUCCCAAAGGCAAUCGAUGUUUUUUCAAGUAAAAAGAAAUAUUCACUACCUUUACAUUUAAUGAUAACACACCAUUAUCGUGAUUGUAUUUUUUAUCAUACAAGACAGACUGGAAAGUUUUCUGAAAUCACUCAGUUAACAAAAUACAACGAUCAAGGAGAAAUCGUGUUUCAUUUACCAAAUAUUAAGUGUCCAUGUGUUCGUAGGACUCUUAACAAAGUCCAUCCAAUCUCGUUUAAGGAAUUUUACGUUGUGCCGUAUUUUUCCAAGCUUGAAAUUUUCAAAACUGGUCAUCUUUGGAGACCAUCAUUUAUCUUUGAGGAGUUUGAAAUUAAAUGUUGCUGUUUUUCACCGGAUGGAUCUUUUUUGGCUGCUUUCGCUGUUGGUGACCACGUCAACAUUCAUAUUUGGAGCAUUGAACAUUGCACUAUUAUUCAAACUGUACCAAUGCAACUGAAAGAUGCAUUAGGAUGUUGGUGGUCGGCUGGUUCAUUGUGGACAUGGGAUGGUUCAGAUCAUCUUACGAAGAUAUCCACUUCGUCUAAAAAUUUAAUAGAUUCUACUCAAGCAAAGCAAGUUAACAUUGGAUUUAAACCUAAGGAAAUCUUAACAUUUGGUGAUGUCUUAGUUUGUAUUGACGAAGAAAAGUGUGUUCAAGUUGUUAGAAUUGCAAAGGGUGAGAUACAAUACAACAAAAGACUUCCUGUUGAUAGUUUUGAAUUUAAAGCAGCAGCUGUGUCACCUGAUAAUUCUGUUAUUUUAACUGUAAACAAAACAGAAUGCACAAUAUGGAAAUGGGGAAAUAACAACAAUGAAGUUUACUUGAAACCUUUGCAUACUGCAGAAAUACCCGAAAAGUCUUUUAUUGAAAAAUUUCUUCGGAGACAGAGAAAUGCAACUCGUUUUAGAUACCGUUGCUCUAUAAGUGAUAUUUACCAAGCGGUCAUUACAUUCUCUUAUAAAGAAAACAAUGACUACCAGAGAACUGGCAUUUAUGUAAUUAAUGUGCAUAAAAACAAUGACGUGAGUACGAUUUGGCAUAGUAUCGAUGCAUUCUUAUGGUCAAACACAAUCGUGCAUAAAUCAUAUUUAAUUUGUGAAGAUCAUGACAAAUUGGUUGCUGUAGAUUUAAACAGUGGUAAAAGAUGUGCUAACAUUUUCAGAUUAGAUUCUGUAUUUAAUAUAACUAUGCAUUACAACACAGGAACUUUAGCUUUAGUAACAAAUGGUGGAUGCAAAAUUAUAUUUUUAAAACUCAAUGUACCUGAAUAAAUCCACUAACUCAACCUUUUUUUAGUUAUGUUACCCUAUUGUAUUUACUAACAUUACAUAUCUCUUAAAACGAACAUAAUAAGUAAGUUCUUUAUAUCACAAAAGGACAGUUAUUUAUGGUAUCAACAACGAACUCAAAAAUAUUGCAGAAAAAACUGUCCAUAUCCUUUGUUUUAACCGUGAAAAAACUGUCAGUUUUUAAUUAUGUAAAAAUAUCACGGACAGAGAGAGAGAUUAGUUUUUUGUAAUGUCAAGUAAAGAUCUUUUUCAUCCUAUGA